UCUCUCGGUCAAGUUCUAUAUAUAGCGCGUUGACAUGAGAUGAAGAUAUAACAGGCGAUCGACAAUAGAGAGCAGAGCAAAGCGUAGAGAGCCGCCGCCAGCGUAGCGAGACAAAGGAAAAGUUCUGCUCCACACUCACACAAAUUGUUUUCAAACAGCGAGCAGCAGCGCGGUUAGUUCUUCUUCGAGCGUCGAGCGUCGAGCGUUACGCAAGUCUUCUGCAUCGGCUCUUCAGUUGGCUGUUUGGAAGAUGACACUGCCGCCCACAACUUGUGCCUAUUGUCAGGCCAAGGCCUCGCAGCUCUGCACCGCCUGCCGCAGUGUUGUCUACUGCAGUCGCGAGCACCAGAAGGAGCACUGGAAGCGUGGACACAAGCUGGAAUGCAAGUGCUAUGAGGUGGCCAGCAACGUGCAGCUGGGCAGGCAUUUGAUUGCCACGCGCGACAUCAAAAUGGGCGAGCAGAUACUGAAAGAGGCGCCGCUGGUCUUUGGCCCAAAGGUGGCGGCUACGCCGCUUUGCCUGGGCUGUCAUCGCAAUCUGUUGGCACCAGAGCAUCCCGCAAAGGACUUUUACAAAUGCAGCGGCUGCAGCUGGCCCAUGUGCUGCAAGGAAUGCGAGCAGUCGCCCUAUCAUGUAGACGAGUGUCGUCUCAUUGCCGCCAGCAACUUUGAGUGCAAGAUUAGCUACAAUGCUGUAGAGCCGGAGCGCAAGGAGUCCGCCUAUUGCGUUAUAUUGUUGCUGCGCUGCUUGCAACUCAAGUCCAGCAAUCCCGCUGGCUUUGCGCAAAUGAAUCAGCUGCAGGAUCACUUGCAGGAGCGUCUACAGACGCCACUCUACCAAGUACUGCGCGCUAAUCUUAUUACCUUUAUCAAAACCGUGCUGGGUCUGCGCGACUGGUCGGAGAUGGACAUACUACGCAUUGCUGCCAUACUGGACACCAAUGCCUUUGAGGUGCGACAGCCAAGCGAGCGUCGCAAGGUGCGCGCUUUGUUUCCGGGCGCUGCCAUGAUUAACCACGACUGUGUUCCUAACUUGCGGCAUCGCUUUGAUGAUGAUAUGAACAUAAUAUUCUUAGCCAAGCGCAAAAUUGCCAAGGGCGAAAUUUUAAGCAUCUCCUAUACGCAGGCCUUGAGGAGCACCAUACAGCGGCGAGUGCAUCUGAAGUUUGUCAAGUGCUUUGACUGUGCCUGCGCUCGUUGUGCAGAUCCCACGGAGCUGGAUAGCUUUGCAGGCGCGCAGCUGUGCGUCAAGUGCAAAGUAGGCAAGGUAAUCUCAAUGAAUCCCUUGCAAAACAAUGCCAAUUGGCAGUGCCAGCUUUGCAAUUUGAAGGUGAAUGCAAAGCAGUACUUGGCCAAGGAUGCUGCAUUGCAAUCUGAGCUUGAGGCGCUUGACAAGAGCCAGCCCUCGGUCUUUGAGGAUUUCAUAUAUCGCCAUCGUAUUGAGCUACAUGAGACAAACACACACGUGCUUCAAGCGAAAUAUGCGUUGACGCAGCUCUACGGUAGUGCGCCAGGCUAUUCCUUGGAGGAGCUAAGCGAACAAGACUUGACGCGCAAGGUGCAACUCUGUGAGGAACUAUUGCAGCUGGCAAACAUCUUUGAUAGCGGGUGGAGCAUGUUUCGUGGUAAUCUGCUUAUCGAAUUGGAGGAAGCUAUUGUAACUCAAGCGCUGCGGCUCACAGAACCAACUGAGUCUGAAGCGAAACUCAAAGAAGCCACACAGCUGCUGAAAGAAAUUAAUAGCAUUAUGAAAACUGAGCCAGAGAUGCAACAUUUACUUGUGGAAGGUAAACAAUUGCUAGAUGAGGCUCUGGCACGUUUUGCAGUCCAAUAAUUAAAGUAUUUCAUUUAUUUAAAGAAAAAAACUAAUUGUAAAUAAAAUAAUUAGUUCAGA